CAAAAAAAUGAUAUCUUUCCUCGUAGCAGAGGACCUUAUUUGUUUUUACAGGUGCCAUCAGGGUGUACACCACUGUGGAGAAAGAAGGUCCAUCCGCAAAGAAGCCCCCACGCCCAGUCAUGGCCUUCUGCGGCGUUGGUGCGGGCCUGGGUCCCUUAUUGAAUUCCCUCGUGCACCAAAAUCAGGCCUUCCUCAGCAAGCCUUACCCACUGGACAGCCAGCUCAUGGGAAUACCCCAUCUGACCGUUAGCAACGGUUACCUGCACGGGCUGCAAAAGGCGUACUUCCGGGAGGGCUCCAAGCUCACUUGCAACGAUAGCUUCAUGGAGUGUCGGCUCAACCUGGGUGUGAAAGACGCUCACCUGGUGUUCGACUGGAAGGUCGCCCACGGGACGAUCCUCCGGGGCCACGCGGACAUCGAGAUCGGCAGAUUCGAAAUCGACGUGGUGUCCCUUCUGCCCGCCGAGAAGGGCUCGGGGAUCGUGCUAGAAUCGCUGCGGAUCGUUGAGCUGGAAGACCUGCGCGCCGACAUUACUGGCCCCUGGUCAGGCCUGGUGAACGCCAACAUGAUCAUCGAACUGAUCCGCGGCUGGUCAGACACGAACCGGCAAACCCUCUAUAGAUUUCUGGAAGUUUUCAUUCAGACCAUGGUCCAGAAAGUGCUGGACCGGAUGGAAUUGCCGAUAUAAAGGAGCAUACUGUUUCAUCCUCUGGUGCGGAAGCAUGAUAGGUGGUAUGUGGCCCUCUUAAAACUCGUCAGAAUAUUCUAGAGAAGUGGUAACAAAUUCCUUCGAACUUGAGGUGGGUAGUGGUUAGAUUUUGUCCUCCAAUUAAUCUGUGCUCAUA